UUAUUUUGUGAUGUGCUCACAAAUGAGAUGAGGGGAUGAGGGAACCAGACCCAACCCCUAAAAACACAAACCCACAGAAUAUUUUUCCAAAACUACUUUCUCUCUCUAAAAUCUGGAACAGAAUCUUCCCAUCCUGCGAGAGAGUGGUGGUAAUUUUUUUCUGACUUCCAAUUCUUGAACAAAGGGGGAAGGGUUGAAAGGACAGAGAAACAAUGGAGGAAACUGAGGGGGUGUCGAGGUACUGGUGUCACAUGUGCUCUCAGAUUGUGAACCCCAUAAUGGAAAUUGAGGCGGUCAAGUGCCCCAUAUGUGAGAGCGGGUUUGUCGAAGAAAUGGACAGCAGCCCCUCCAGAAGAGAUCACCCUGACCUUGGAGGAUCCAAUUCUGACAGAGCCCUCUCCCUUUGGGCCCCUAUCUUGCUCGGUAUGAUGAGCAAUCCUCGUCGCAGGCGAAGACUCAGGCGUCUAGAAUUUGAUGAUGAUGCCGAGGACGACGAUGACAAUGACAACAAUCGCCACCGUGAGGGAGAGACUGAACUAGACCGCGAACUUGAAUCAAUCAUCAGGAGAAGGAGAAGAAGCUCAGCCACUAUUCUCCAGCUCCUGCAAGGGAUUCGAGCUGGAAUGCUGUCUGAAUCAGAGAAUACUGACGGUGAUGGGGAGAGGAACAAUGGAGAGAGGAACAAUGGGGAGAGGAAUAAUAGGGAGAACAGGGACAGAGAGCGAGUGAUUGUAAUUAAUCCUUUCAAUCAGACUAUCAUUGUUCAAGGUUCAUAUGAUUCGAAUCAGUCCCAAAACCAGAAUCGAGAUCCUAUUGGGUCGUUGGGCGACUAUUUUAUAGGUCCUGGUUUAGAUUUGUUGCUGCAACAUUUGGCAGAGAAUGAUCCAAACAGGUAUGGAACUCCGCCAGCACAGAAAGAGGCAGUCGAAGCACUGCCCACUGUGAAAAUUGAGGAGAAUUUACAGUGUUCAGUUUGUUUAGAUGAUUUUGAAGUUGGUACUGAGGCGAAGGAGAUGCCGUGUAAGCAUAAAUUCCACAGUGGGUGUAUUCUGCCGUGGCUGGAGCUUCACAGUUCAUGUCCGGUUUGCAGGCAUCAGUUACCUUCUGAUGAAUCCAAGCUCCACUCGGAUGUGUCCAGGAAUAGUAGUAACAAUGGUGGGGAGAGUAACAACAAUGACCCAAUCGGUGUUGGUGUUGAAGAAGGAGACGGGGAUGGGAGGAAUGGGAAUGGUAGAUGGUUUCCGGUGCCGUUACCAUGGCCUUUUAGUAGUUUGUUUUCUUCCUCAGGAAGUGAGAAUUCCUCUUCAACGGUGCCUUCAUCUUCAUCAGCACCGUCAACAAAUGCACCCGGAAGUUCUUCGCAUACCGAUGAGAAUUGAGUUUGGUUUCAUUUGUUUAAUUAUCAGCUACUUGUGCUCUAUAAUGCUUGGAUGUUCUCUUGCAUCACUUCUGUACAUAAAGUGUUUCACUUGCUGAAUCAUAAUCUUGCAAGAACAAGUUGUGUUAUCGUUAUCCCAUGUUCAUACUUAAUAUGGGGGAUACAUUUUCUUGUUAGAAGAAUUACUCCUACUUCUACCUCCCUUUUAUUUUGUAUAAUAAUUUUCCUUCUGGGAUUUUCUUUUA